CCCCCGAUUCCCACAGAAAGUGCAGAGAAUCACAGAGAAAACACAAACGAACAGGUCACAUAAUAACUAAUAAGUAAUAGAACUUUUUAUAAAACUUCAACUCCUACUGCUAUGCCACCUCGUUCAACUGCUCAAAAACGAUUGCUCAAAGAGUAUCAACAAUUAUCUAGAGAUCCUCCACCAGGAAUAGUAGCUGGUCCUGUCAGCGAAGACGACUUGUUCAAAUGGGAAUGUUUAUUAGAAGGUCCAACAGAUACACCUUAUGAAAAUGGCGUAUUUCCGGCCAUUUUACUGUUUCCUAAGGACUACCCUUUAAGUCCCCCCAGUUUAAAAUUCGAUCCACCUUUGUUACACCCUAAUAUUUACGCCGAUGGAACUGUGUGUAUACUGAUCUUACACCCACCUGGAGAAGAUCCCAACCAGUAUGAGAGACCAGAGGAAAGAUGGAGUCCAGUUCAAAGCAUCGAGAAGAUCUUGUUGAGUGUUGUGUCCAUGUUGGCCGAGCCAAACCCGGAAAGCGGGGCUAAUAUUGAUGCUUGUAAAUUAUGGAGAGACAAUCGGGAAGAGUAUAAUAGACAAAUUAGAGAUCAUGUGAGAAAGUCAUUGGGAUUGUAGUGUGCAUUUCCAUAAGUGAACAAUCUAUAGUUAAUUAGGAUAAUAAAAUAUGUGAACAAUAUGCUUCGUAAUCAAGGGCAUUGUUUUACC